GAUGAGGUAGGACGGCGAAGACAGACAACAGAAGUCACGACGGCUGGUUCUCAAUUAAUCCAAGUCAAAUAGAUAAUUUUUGGAGUAAAUAAUAUGGAAGAAUUUGUUGAUGUGUCAGCAGCGAGUCAAUCGGGAAAUGAAAUACCCGAUUCGGGAUCCACAACCGUAGCCGCAAUGUCACCGAAUCUUCUUGGAAAUUUAGCAGACAUGUUCACAAAAAGAAAUACUCCACAAAGUACCAGUGCAAUGGAGAGAGAUGAAGGCGUUACCGACAGUCAGGAAACUCAUUUGUCGUCAGGAACAAAUGAUGGGGAAUCGGAAGUAAUACCAAUUUUGCCGAAUUGUUCAAAUUGUGAUGAAUUUGAUGGCGUAGUCAUGGACACACAAUCGACAACAAUGGACGAAGCGGGCGAUGAGAAAACGGAACAAGAUGAAAUAAAUGAAAGAAACCAAGAGAUAAAUGAGAAAGAUCGUAUACACGAAGACUCGCAGCAACAGAAACUUUCAAAAGGCGGUCCACCGGCUACAAAGCUUGAUUGGAAAUCACGUUACGACGGCGCAAUUGAGAAACUGGAAAAUAUCGAGAAAAAGAUAAAGAAAUUAUCAGGAAAGACUGAAAAAGGAUCAAUUACAGAAGCGAAACUUGUGAAAAAAGAUUCGAAAUUACAACGAAAAAUUGUCGAAAUUGUCAUUGCUAAUAAAUCAGAGAAAGACGAAUUGGUGACGAUAAAAAAGUAA